GUUAUGGGUAUAAUGGAGUUAUUUGCUGGGUGCCGUGGCGCGUCCCGGUCAUUGCGCCGUUCCGUUCCAUCGGCGAUGCAGUUUUUCCUCCUUUUUUCCUGCUUUUUAGUUGCAGGUAUUUUUGCUUCGCAGAUCUCUGCGGAGCACGGCGAAACAGAGACGUAUAGCGAGCUACGCAGCAAGGGAAAUGAUCCUACUGAGCAAGUACAGGGCGAGGAGUACGACCCCAUUGAGCAGGUACAGGGCGAGGAGCACGACCCCAUUGAGCAGGUACAGGGCGAGGAGUACGACCCCAUUGAGCAGGUACAGGGCGAGGAGCACGACCCCAUUGAGCAGGUGCAAGGGGAGGAGAACGACCCUAUUGAGCAAGGUGAGGAGUACGACCCCAUUGAGCAGGUACAGGGAGAGGAGUAUGACCCCAUUGAGCAGGUACAGGGCGAGGAGCACGACCCCAUUGAGCAGGUGCAAGGGGAGGAGUACGACCCUAUUGAGCAGGUGCAAGGCGAGGAGCACGACCCCAUUGUGCAGGGCGAGGAGCACGACCCCAUUGUGCAGGGCGAGGAGCACGACCCCAUUGCGCAGGGCGAGGAGCACGACCCCAUUGCGCAGGGCGAGGAGCACGACCCCAUUGCGCAGGGCGAGGAGCACGACCCCAUUGCGCAGGGCGAGGAGCACGACCCCAUUGCGCAGGGCGAGGAGCACGACCCCAUUGCGCAGGUGCAGGGCGAGGAGCACGACCCCAUUGCGCAGGUGCAGGGCGAGGAGCACGACCCCAUUGCGCAGGGCGAGGAGCACGACCCCAUUGCGCAGGGCGAGGAGCACGACCCCAUUGCGCAGGGCGAGGAGCACGACCCCAUUGCGCAGGGCGAGGAGCACGACCCCAUUGCGCAGGGCGAGGAGCACGACCCCAUUGCGCAGGGCGAGGAGCACGACCCCAUUGCGCAGGUGCAGGGCGAGGAGCACGACCCCAUUGCGCAGGUGCAGGGCGAGGAGCACGACCCCAUUGCGCAGGGCGAGGAGCACGACCCCAUUGCGCAGGGCGAGGAGCACGACCCCAUUGCGCAGGGCGAGGAGCACGACCCCAUUGCGCAGGGCGAGGAGCACGACCCCAUUGCGCAGGGCGAGGAGCACGACCCCAUUGCGCAGGGCGAGGAGCACGACCCCAUUGCGCAGGGCGAGGAGCACGACCCCAUUGCGCAGGUGCAGGGCGAGGAGCACGACCCCAUUGCGCAGGUGCAGGGCGAGGAGCACGACCCCAUUGCGCAGGGCGAGGAGCACGACCCCAUUGCGCAGGGCGAGGAGCACGACCCCAUUGCGCAGGGCGAGGAGCACGACCCCAUUGCGCAGGGCGAGGAGCACGACCCCAUUGCGCAGGGCGAGGAGCACGACCCCAUUGCGCAGGGCGAGGAGCACGACCCCAUUGCGCAGGUGCAGGGCGAGGAGCACGACCCCAUUGAGCAGGUGCAGGGCGAGGAGCACGACCCCAUUGAGCAGGUGCAGGGCGAGGAGCACGAUACCAUUCAGCAGGUUGAGACGGAGAUACACAGUGAGGAAAAUGUUCCGGUUCAACCUCCAAUACAACCAAGGCCUUACCCUGUGAAGUUUAUUCCGCCUUACGGCAUCCCAGUGCCUGUCACUCCCUUUCCUUUCAAGCUGCUUAGCCCUCGGGUCAUCCCUGUCAACGCGCCCGUGCCGCCUGAGCUCCAAAAGGUCAUGAAUCCCAAGCCUGUUCCUAUGCCCUGGCCGCUACCCAUUAGUCUUGCUGCAGCGGUCCGCGUGUUGUGCAGCGAAAACAAAAUGUACGUGAGGGUAAGGACUGACCUGUACGGAUUCAAGUGUAAAGCAGGCCAGUUGACUCUGGGGACCAGCUGCAGAAGCAAUGGAGUCUCUGGUGGGUAUCUUCUCUUUACAUACGGCCUCAAAGAAUGUGGAAGCCAGGCGUCUGUGGAAGCUGGACAGUUGGUGUACAAGAACGUCCUUAAAUAUGUUCCAUCUGUGCAAAACAGUACAAUUCGGAGAUCUAUGCCAUUCACUGUACCCCUUCAGUGUCGUUACUAUAGGUAA